AUGAGUUCGAAGAAAAACAACGCUCUCUCAGAGUAGAACAACAAUACCUCAACAACCAGAGGUAGCUCUAAGAAACAAGAUCCUCUAGACAAGGAAUCUAAGGUCGAAACCUUCUUCUAAAACCCAACUUUUUUUGGAAUGGAUUACUUUAGAGUCAUUUAUGGGUCAGCUGGAAUCCUAGCAUUAUUGAUGGUGUUCGUAUAUUUAUCUGUCGAAGAUGAACAAAUGAAGAGAAUGACUCUUGUUUAAGGUGGACUCUCUGUGUUCUUGAUUUUAGUCACAGGAUGGUAUCACGCCAAAGUUGAGCAGAAAAAAUAGGAAAGAAUAAGAAGAUAAAGUAGACAGAAGAAUGAAUGA